UCGCCGGUUAUUAACGGGACGGACCGAAUGGAGGAAGAGAAAAAUAGAUGCGAGUCUAGUAAUGGAAGUGAAGCCAGACCUAAUACUCCAUUUAUGGAUCCUUUUGCAAAACUCAACAUACUGGAGGAUGACAGUGGAUACACGAGUACAACUAAGAACCAGUCUGUCCAUCCGAUACGGAUUCCAAAGGACAAAGCAACGAAACCACAAUGGUUCCACAAGUACAGUAGUUUCGCAAGGCGAAAGACUUUGCCAAAUUUGCCCUCGUUGGAGGAAGAACAGGAUUUUAUUGAAAAAGAUGUAGAGGAUGAAAUGGCGACGGUAAAGAAUGGACGAAAAUGUGAUCGAAAAUCCGAUCGUUUUAAAAAGCUUAGGUUUUCUUCAUGGAAAACUAAUCAAGGCGAACCCAAUCCUCCGAAAGAAAACACAAACUGUUGCAGAAAUGAAGUCUCACUGCCAAAGAUAGACACUUAUUGCAUAUCGUACGCUCGACCAUCGACAAACCAUGGUUUUGCAUACGCCGUUAGCUCGACAGAGCUGUUAAACGGCAAAAAUACGAUCCAAAAAAGAGCAAAACAAAAAAAAGCUAAGUUUAGAAGCAAAAUAUCAACGCCCGAGAACGGUCUGUCGCGUCAAGGCAGCGUGUACUUGCUUUUUCGGGCGCCGUCACGGGCAUGCGGGCUAAACAUUCCAGAUUUCAAAGUGCGCUCGAAGGAACUGCAUCACGUAAAAGACGCGAAGCGACGAAAGACUGGAGCGGGAAAGAACGCUGAGCCAAUAAACAUCGUGAGACUACCAGACAUUAAACAAGACGUAUGGAAGCAGAUAUAAGCCGAAUUCAUAUUAGAGACGGGAAACCCUUCUUAGACGAGAAACUCAUCGAAGACGGGAAACUCGUCUGAUGUGGAUCCGGUCACAGACGGGUUUCUCGUCCGAGCUUUCCCUUCAAAAGUUCUGUUCACACGAUCCAAUUUCAUUGGAUCGAAUUCACUUCUGACGUAUGAAGUACAAUCAGUUAUUGAUAAAGCAGCACUGCACUGGCUUGAGUGGAUUUGCUGCUCGUAUACAUUACAAGACAACAGACUAUAAAACAUCCAUCAGAAGUGAAUUGGAUCAAACAAAAUUGGAUCGUGUGAACAGACCUUAACUUUCCUGCCCAACAGACGGGUAAGUUGGACGAGAAUCCCAUUUCGGGACGAGAAACUCGUCUUCAAUUCGCAUUUUGACGGAUAAGUCAAACGAAUUUCUGAAAUAUCAACACGAUCAAGGACGGAAUAACGUUUUAAUUUUUUAUUCGUCCUAACCGAUAAGAAAGAUACGAAUCAGCACCCUGCUGAUAGACUGAUUAGUAAAAAAGAGCAUUUUGAAAAUAACAACCAUCUGAUUAUUCAUGGCAUUAACUACUUAACGCCUUCAUAGCAGAUGUCUAAUUUUUUUGAAGUUAUUUCAAGUUUCUUUUUGUAGUAGCACUGGAUCAACAAGAGAUGAUCCUUACUGG